GCUGAUUGCAAAUUACAGAGUGUUCGAAAAGCGUGUGGACCUUUGGCCAUGCCAGAUGAUUCUGCGGUGAGAUUCUUCCGCAUAUCGGUGCUUGGUGCUUCUUCCAGUGGCAAGACAAGCUUGAUCAAUGCCUUUGUCAACUGCAGCUUCAUGUCGCGCUACGUGAGAACAGAGACUGCGAGGGUCUACCACAAGAAGACUCAGCUGCCGGAUGAGACUGAAUACCAUGAGGUCCUGAGACCCAUCCUGGUGGAGAUCGAAGAUACUCCCGGCUCGGAGCGUGGCUUCGACGAAGACGAUGACGCCGGGAAGUCAGCCAAGAAGGCAGAUGGAAACCCCAAGAUCUUGAAGGGUUCACGUGUGGUGGUGGUGAAGGACAAGCAGGAGUUGAUGCAGCUCUUCGACAAGUUUGGACAGCAGUCCAAGGGAGUGGUCUACAAGCGUGCGAUGGAGAACAUGCUGGGGAAGGAGUUCAACGUGCGCUCCAUGGGCAAAGAUGGCAGCAUCUAUUUGCCAUCCCCCGAUGGGAGUGAGGGCGGAGUCUGGACCUUUCCACCCGGUGCCGCCAAGCUGAAAGUCUCCCUGACGCUACCUAUCGACGAGUUCCUGAACCUGGCCGAAAAGAAAGAGAAGGUCUUCGUUUCUCAAAAGGAGAAGAAAGACCGGCUCAUAGCUCUUCAGAAACCUUUGUCCGCCUACGACCGCCCUGUGGGUGCAGCAGACGUCGACAAGACCCUCACGCGAAACCGCAUGGGCUACUUUAUUUGCUUUGAUGUCUCAGACGACAGCAUGGCCUCGCUGAAGGAGGCAAUGGCAGUACACAAGUUGCUGACUGAUAGCCUCAAAAAGCAUCUCAUGUGGAGCAGCAGAGCUUUGGCCCCCUACAUUUGGUUGGUGGGCUGCAAGUCGGACAAGGGCACCUCAGGCGAUGACGUCAGGAAGAAUAUUGAGAAUGCUGAGGCCUUUGCGGAGAACAAUGACCUGAUCUGCAGAAUAACGUCAGCGAGACGGCAUGAGGGGGUGAAUGAAGUCUUUGUGGAGAUGAUCCAAGCCAUCAGUUCUCGAGCAAAUCUCUGGACUUUGGACGGCGACAUCAGCCAGCUUGAAGAAGAUGAAGAUUCUGGGGGCUUUUGUGGCACCCAGUGAUGCGUGUCUCACAGCUGAAACGGCUGCAAGACAAAAAUGCGCGGUUUCGGCUGCCUUGAGACAUGCAGAAGCGACC